UGUAAACAGUAGUUCAUGUGAUGUUAGCCGUGUCCCAUCCAUUGAUCAUGGUAGUGUUGUUCGGGAAAGUGGCACUGAUGGCAAUGAACGUCCUGCAUUACUGCUGCUCGAUACUCGUCAGCCAUUGGAAAGGCCUCAUUUACGAGACACUGCUGCUCUGGAUGAGGAUUCAUUGCUGGAAAAUUUGCCAAGGUUUGAUAAUUGCAACAAAACAUCAAACGAUUCGUGGCGAAAUCUGAAUUGGUCCCCUCUAAGGCCAUCAAGCACCAGGCGUGAUCUAGAACAUUACGAGAGUAGUGAGCAGCUCGCAAGGCAGAGGAAGCUGUCGACAUCAAUAAAAUGUAGCCCACAUCGCGAAGCCAGGGUACCAACAACACGAGGUACAAACGAGACAAGGCCAAGUGGUUUACCACCAAUACCAACAUAUCAACAGACGGGCAAUACGUGGCGUAAAAACCUGCCAAGCCAUUCAUCUAGAAAUUACCAUUCAGCACGUCCAUUUUCUACAAGCGAUGGUUACAUUCGUAAUCGAGAAAGAGCUGGCUACGAAAGGGGAUAUAUGGGAAAUUCGGAUCGUGGUCGUGAUUGCUCACAGUGUCGCGGGUCAGACAACAGUCGUUCAAAUGCUAGGAUUGCUAACCAUUAUGGACCUACAAAUAGAUCAUCAUGCAGUGAUGGUGCAACGGAAAGUUCGUUUGAUUUAGCAGCAGUAGCAGCAGCAGCAUCCGAUGAGAAGCGAAUUCACGGCGCUGGUGCUGGCGGUGGUGCAACAAUGUCCUCGGAUUGUUCGGCAACUGCAGCAGCAGCAGCUCAUCGUAUGAACAAACGAUUUGGCUCAACGAGAUCGCGCAUUUCUCCACCAGUACAUCUUGCUUUGAAAACUCCUCCGCAGAGUUUUGUUGAUGAAUGUGGUGUUGAGGAGCGAACGACUGGAAGCGCAGUAGUGACAGUGAAAGCUUCACCAGCAGUAGCCAGUAGUAAUGUGCAGACGAUAGUAGUAACCAGCGAUCUAGUGGCAAAAGAAGACAACAGUGGACCGGGUGAAAGUUACAGCUUCCAGCAAAACGCGGAAAAUCUUCGGGCGAAGACUCACGAUGCGGUGGAACAGUUAGCGAAUGAAUUCGAUGAGCGUGUUACUCUUGGAACAAGAGGUUACAUCUUUUUUUUUUUUUUUUAUUAA